CCCGCGGGCGCUGAGGUGUCUGACAAGGGUCCGCCUCAGUCGGCUGCCCUGGGUCAGACCCGCUCACACGUCCGGGGAAAACAUGUCAGGCACAAACCCCCUCGGUCCGGCUGUGGUCGGCGUGCGCUCGUCCUCGGACGCGGGGCGAACUCAACCAGGCCGGGAAGCGCCGGAGCCCCGUUUCUUUUCUUUUUCUCUCUUUUUCCUUCCCCCUCUGCCUCGGCGGCUCCCCUUCACCCCUGAGCCGUGGCAGAAUUAGCAGGCGGCUGAAACGUCACUGCCUCGUUUAUUUAUUUUCGUUUCUUGGGGAUAAGCAUUCAGCUUUUCCUCUCUCGAAUCCUUGGGCAGCAGCAGAAUUGGCAGGCGGCAAGCGCGUGAUUUUUUAUUUUUUUUUACUCCACAAAAAUGGUAAUAACAGCGAGACGCACGAGUGUGCGCUGGGACGACACCCUCCGCCGUCCAAAUUUCACUCCGCGGUUCGGAAACUGUCGGGCAGCGCUGUUCGUGCUUGAGUGGCUGUCACAGCCUUACGCAGCUGUUCAAAGAGGCCGGGCAGGCAGCAUCCAGAUACCCUAAGCCACUGGUACCUUUUGAAAAGCCAAUGAAGUGGAUAAUAUCACCAGAGUCAACUAAUAAUUUUGAGAAGUUGGAAGUUGCACCACCAUCUACAGGACAGCUGAAGCACGUGUUCUUCCACAAUGCAUUACCUUUUGUGGGGUUUGGAUUUUUGGAUAAUGCAAUUAUGAUUGCUGCGGGAACCCAAAUAGAACUAUCUAUUGGAGUUGUCCUAGGAAUUUCAACUAUGGCAGCUGCUGCUCUGGGAAAUCUUGUUUCAGAUUUAGCUGGACUGGGUCUUGCAGGUUAUGUGGAAGCUUUAGCUUCGAGAUUGGGCCUAUCAAUUCCUGAUCUAACACCCAAACAAGCUGAUAUGUGGCAAACACGGCUCAGCGCACACUUGGGUAAAGCUAUUGGAGUAACCAUUGGCUGCCUUUUAGGAAUGUUUCCUUUGUUUUUCUUUGGAGACGAAGAAGAAAAACUGGAAGAGAAAAAAUAACCUUUUUACAAAACAUAUAAAAAUGUAAACUAAUGUACCUCAAUUACUCAAUUAUGCUGUCUAUAUUUAGGAAUUACCAGACAGUAAAAAAUGUAUAGACUUGGGAACAAAACAUUCAGCAUGUAGUUUUAUGGAAACACUAAUUUAUUGUGGCUUUGUCUUACUCGGUACAUCUUUUAUAAGAUACCAUUUUGCUUUUUAUUUAAUGUAAAUCUGAAGUGUUUCAUUUAUAAUGGCAACUGACGUUUACCAGUUUCCCUCUUGCCUUCCUUCUUUAAUGGAUGGGGUUAUUACCUUAACCGCUUGCCAUGGAUGUACUGUAACUUUUUGGUUUCGCGUAUUUGUUGCCUAACAUUUUAAAGUGCAUGUCAGAAAAGAUCCUCAGUACUCAUCAGGUCCUUUGUUCCAGACUAUCAGUGAAGCCAGUUGGUGGGUGAUUUGGGAUGUAGACUUUAUGUGGCCUUGUUGUGUGUGGUUUGUUCUCUGAGCCACCAGUUUGCAGUGCCUCGGGUUGGAUGUAUUUGUCAUCCAGUGGUUGGUUUGCUUCACAACUCUAGCCUCUUUGCCUCUUCCACUCUAAUGCUCAGCAAGGUAAGUGUUUCCAGCCAGCCUCCUUACCAUGUCCAUUCUUCAGUUUCUACACUGUCACCCACCUCUUUUUUUUCUUCUACAGUAAUAUUUUGAGAAUCAAGAUUAAUGUUUGGUUUUAUCCUGUGUUUACUUACCAACCCAACCAAAUGAGUUAGUUGCUUCCAAUAAACUUACUUCCCUCCCUUCCUGAACUUUAACUGGACCUUUUAAGAAUUCAGACCAGUCCCUAACGGCGUAAUUAUAUAUGGCUGAGUCAAAAUAAUAACACCUUAUUCUCUACAGGGUAAUGGAUAACGUGAGAGGAGUCAAUGGAUAUUAGACAAAGAAGGGAAGUUUUUUAAGGUGAAAUUUGACUGUGUGUGUGUGUCUGAAAGUAGCAUCUCUGAUAGUUAAAUUGAAAUCCUUAAAAAUAACAAUAAUUAAAAAAAAAAUCCUACCAGCCUGGAUUAGAGGAUCUGAUUUGCAGAAUAUAACCUACAGUUAACAUUAGAUUUUUUUUUUUUUUUUGCUGUGAAGGCAUCUAGUGAAGAAAAGAUGGAUCCUGGGGCCUUUUUUGCCUUCCUUACUUUUGCAGUCUUAUGCAGAGCGUAUUAUUCCAAAUCGAUUUAAUUUCUUUGUGAUCAUGUACAAUCUUUUUAUAUGAUCAUUUGUGAUUUUUCUGUUGCAACUACCAUGUUGAGUAGUUAUAAUAUUUCAGUGUCUGACCUAUUGGUACAAUAGUAAUGGAUUAAUAUUCAUUGCUUACAAAGGAGAGACUAUUUUCCCUCUGAGUACAAAAUAGGAAAAGAUAGCAAAAGCCAGAUGGGGGUGGGGGGGAUGGCACUUUAGCAGCUCUACAUCCUUUCGCUGAUCUGUUGCACAACGUAUUUCUAAACUGGUGAAAGAAAUUAAAAAGUUACCUGAAUUACCACAAGAGCAAAUACUUUGUUUGGUGUAGUAAAAACAUUACUACAAAACCCCAGUUUGCUUUAAAUUGCUGAUCCAGCAGCACAUGUCUUCAGUCAUAAAUCUGAUAGCUUUUGACUGUCCAGAAGCUCCAGAACACCAGUAUCAGCCCUUAUUUAUAAUGGAUAAAAGAACAAAGAACCACCAUUACUCUAGUUAAGUUAUGAGAUGAUACUGCUAAUGUCACACCUAAAAAUUGCACCAACCACAAAAAUAACUUUUCAUAAACUUUCAGAUAGUAUCCUUAUAUGCCAUCCUUAUAUGUUAAAAAUUAGAAACUGGACCAAAUUUUGGUAGAAAGAAACCCCAAGUAGUCAGGAACAUUUUUGGUUUUUAAAUAUUGGAAGUUUAUUUUAAAAUAGCUUGAAAGUGUAUCCUUUGAUUAGGAUACUGAUAUAUUCCUUUCUGUUUAAAUUUGUUUUAUGUGGUGCUUGGAUUCUUUCGGGCCACUUAUUCAAGUAUUCUUUUUGUCUAGAAUAAACUUUUAUCUUCUUCCUCUGCUUAUAUAUGUUUUUUCAAGAGCUUUUGCUUCUUUUGAUGACUAGUGUUUUGGUAUUUGUUCUAUACAAAGCUGUAAUUAAUCCCUUUUAUAUUUUUAAAGACCUAAGAGUACAUGUUAAACAUGCAUUUUGCCCUGAAAUCUGUAGCUACAUUUACAGGAGGCUUGGGACUGUAUUUCCUUACAAUAUUGACCCCUUCAUUGACAACUUUGGCAAUACUGAAACUUCUGUAACUUCACUAACAUAUCAAAACUGGAGCACUUAAGAUCAUCCUAGUUCCUUUUUAAGAGUUCACAAGAACAAAUACAUAGCUAAAUGUCAGCUAUUGUAGUAGUACUCAUUUUAGAAUGACAAUACUAAGGACAUGUACUAUUGUUUAUUGGCUUGUGCAUGUAAAUUCAGUGCGUUUUGUUGACACUGUAUGUUAAACUGUUGUACUGCAACCAAUGUUUUUAACAAAAAAUAAUGAACUAAAAGAUCUUUAAAGAA